AUGUUUCCGUCAUGUCUCUUUUUUCUACUUAUUAGUAGUGUUUUAGUAACAAAAUGCUAUAGUUGGUGUGACGAGUUUGUUUGUUAUUCUACAACUUUAUCAACAGCUGGUAUCGUCGGAAUAGUUAUCGGAAGUCUUGUCGGUCUGUCGUUGUUUAUUACUUGUAUUGUGUGUAUCUGUCGUAGCAUUGCUCGAAGUCGUGCUCAACAACCAGCAGUAAUGGUACAAUAUCCUGUAGGUAGUGGCGGUAUCGUUUAUCCAAAUCAACCAUCAUGGCAGCAGGGUUAUCCAAACCCACCACCACAGCAUCAGGGUUAUCCAAAUCAACCACCACAACAUCAGGGUUAUCCUUAUCCCAAUCAUCCACCACAACAUCAGGGUUAUCCCAAUCAUCCACCACAACAUCAGGGUUAUCCCAAUCCUCCACCUAAUCAAAAUUAUGUUAUGUGA